UCGCCCGCAGCUUCUGCUCCAGGAGGCAUUUCCAGCCCCAAAGGAAAGAAGGACUAGUGUGGUAGACCCCAGAGAGAGCGAUCCCUCCUUCAUUACUGCCCCCCAGCUGCCAGGACAUGGGACAGAGCCCUUCUCAGGGCCAUCUGGCGAGGAUGAGCAAACAGAGCCAGCCCGAGCGCAGGGUGGCGGCGGUGGCUCCCGCGCAGGACUGCUCCGGCCAGCCCCAGCCGCCGCCGAGGAAGGACGUGGAGCUGCUCCUGGUGAAGGAGCAGAAUGGGGUCCAGUACACCAGCAGCAGCCUCCUGCCCGCCGCCUCCAGCCUGCCCUGCAGCGCCGAGGGGCAGCCGGAGCGGGAGACCUGGGGCAAGAAGAUCGAUUUCCUUCUCUCGGUCAUUGGAUUCGCUGUGGACCUGGCCAAUGUCUGGAGAUUUCCCUACCUCUGCUACAAAAAUGGAGGGGGUGCCUUUCUUAUCCCCUACAUCCUCUUCCUAAUCAUUGCUGGAAUGCCCUUGUUCUACAUGGAGUUAGCACUGGGACAGUACAACCGGGAAGGGGCUGCUACAGUGUGGAAAAUCUGUCCAGUUUUCAAAGGUGUAGGCUAUGCCGUGAUACUCAUAGCUCUUUACGUGGGUUUCUACUACAACGUUAUCAUAGCUUGGUCUCUGUAUUAUCUGUUUUCAUCAUUCACAUUUGAGCUUCCCUGGACAAACUGCGGCAACAGCUGGAAUAGCCUAAACUGUACAGAUCCCAAACUCUUCAACGCCUCGGUGCUUGGCAAUGGCACCAAGUAUUCCAAGUACAAACUCACUCCUGCUGCUGAAUUUUAUGAACGAGGUGUACUGCAUCUGCAUGAAAGUGGUGGAAUCCAUGACCUUGGCUCGCCCCGAUGGCAGCUCUCGCUGUGCCUCUUGGUGGUAGUAAUAAUUCUUUUCUUUAGUCUGUGGAAAGGAGUGAAGACUUCAGGAAAGGUUGUGUGGAUAACAGCCACUUUGCCUUACGUUGUAUUAUUUGUAUUGUUAAUCCAUGGAAUCACAUUGCCUGGUGCAUACAAUGGAAUAAAUGCUUACCUUCACAUAGAUUUCAGAAGGUUAAAAGAAGCUACGGUAUGGAUUGACGCAGCCACUCAGAUAUUUUACUCUUUAGGAGCUGGGUUUGGAGUUUUAAUUGCAUUUGCUAGUUAUAACAAGUUUGACAACAACUGUUAUAGGGAUGCUUUGCUGACUAGUACAAUCAACUGUGUCACAAGCUUCAUCUCAGGAUUUGCAAUUUUCUCUAUACUGGGCUACAUGGCUCAUGAGCACAAAGUGAAAAUUGAAGAUGUAGCCACUGAAGGAGCUGGAUUAGUUUUCAUCCUUUAUCCAGAAGCCAUUUCAACCCUUUCAGGAUCAACAUUUUGGGCAGUGGUAUUCUUCAUAAUGCUUCUCACACUGGGCAUUGACAGUUCUAUGGGUGGAAUGGAAGCUGUCAUCACUGGGUUAGCGGAUGAUUUCCAAAUACUGAAGCGGCACAGAAAGCUUUUCACAUUUGGUGUCUCCUUUGGCACUUUUCUGGUGGCUCUUUUUUGUAUCACCAAUGGUGGAAUUUAUGUCCUCACGCUACUGGACACAUUUGCAGCUGGGACUUCAAUCCUGUUUGCUGUUUUAAUGGAGGCAAUUGGAGUUUCCUGGUUUUAUGGUGUGGACAGAUUCAGUGAAGAUAUCCAGCAAAUGAUGGGCUUCAAACCGGGCCUCUACUGGCGACUGUGUUGGAAAUUUGUUAGCCCUGCUUUUUUAUUGUUUGUGGUGAUAGUCAGUAUUAUAAACUUCAAACCUCUGACCUAUGACGACUACACCUUCCCUCUCUGGGCAAAUCGCGUUGGCUGGGGAAUAGCAUUAUCUUCAAUGAUCCUUGUGCCUGCCUACAUUAUCUAUAAAUUUCUGAACGUGCGUGGGACCUUUAAAGAAAGACUAGCUUACUGCAUCACACCUGAGAACGAACACCAUCUUGUGGCACAAGGGAACGUGAGGCAGUUUAAGCUUCAACACUGGCUAUCAAUAUGACAACUGACAGGUUGAGGAAAAAGCCAAUACAUUAAACUAAACUGGGAAUAAACGAAAAGUCAAGUUCAAAGCUCUCUUGAUUGUGCUUGGACCAGGCUGGCUCAGAGCUCAUCUACUGAUUCCUUUGAGGGAAGACAGCUUCUGCUCUCUGUUUUCUCUAUUACUUGGUUUCAAAUGAACUUACAGACUGGUUUUCCAUUUCCUUAUAUCUUUCAGUGCCACGAGAUCCAUAAUUGACCAAAUUUGUGAGCUUUGAUAGAGAGAGAAGUGGAGGAGGGAGCAGAAAAUCAGCAUUAAUUAAAGAAACUCUUGUCUUGGAGAAAUAAACAAACAUAAUUCCUUUAAAAAUUCCUGCCACAACAUUGUUUAGAGGCCAACUAUAUACUCAGAGAUGGAUGCAUCUCAAUUAUGAGACAAGAGUGACUUUAAGUGCACAUUCAUGUCAUUUGCUUUCUUUCAGGACUAUCCUUUGGGAUAUAAUUUUGCAUCCUUCUGAAGUGAAGACUCAGUGCUUCACUUUCAGUGGUUUGUUAUUAGUCUCUUCUUUUGGUGAAGAAGGUUGUCUUUGCUGUAUAUGUCUGUGCCAUUUUCUGUGCAGUUGAACUAUACACACGGAAAAGUAACAGGGAUGGAAUUAAAUUCCUAUUGUUGUGGCUAUUGAGUACAGAAAGUAGUUUUAACAAUACACCGUACUUAACAAUGCAAACAUAUUCCUUUAUGUCAGCUAUUAAAAUGGCUUUAUUUAUCACAUGAUCCAUAUUCUACAGACUUUGAGUUAAGCACCAAAAAUAUUUACAGGUAGUCAGAUUUUCCUUCUACAUUCUGUUAUAUUGUGUGACAAAGAAUGUAUAGUAUAUAUAAAUAUAUAGGAACAAAGGCAAUGAUUUUUAGAAUAAGCCACGCUAUCCAGUGGCACCAAAAUAUCAAAUGUUGGCUUUGUGCAAGUGCACUAUUAUUCUAAUUGUCCUCUAGGUUCAACUGCCAGAACAUUUUAAGAGUUGUGUAGAACAUCUUGGAUGGAGGGGUCUUCUAGGCAUAACUCAAUUAUCUAGGCCUACUCCCUCUCUUGUGUAUUUCAAGCAGCUUUAUGCCAGCUAGAAAAUACAGAGCAAUCUUAGUGUGAUUGGAUGCUGUUCUGUAUGGUCACUGUUUUAAAGUCAUAUCUUCCCAGUGAUCACUAGGUUGCAGUAACUGACAAUUACUUAUUACAAGAACUAUUCUAAAUUUUAGAGACAGCAGGUUCUCAGUUGAAUCUAGUUUGGAGUUAAAGCCUUAAUGCUGAAUUUCUUUGCCUUUAUAUGUUCAAUUCAGUUUCUUAAUGUUUUUUUAAAUAUAUGUAGUGUCUCCUUUUUUAAUGGUUAUUUAUAUUUUUUUAAUUCUUCAUUUUUAUAUCAUCAUCCUGGA